AUGUUAGCACAUUCUGAACUUGCUGAUAUUUUAAUAGAACAAUCUAAAUUAUUUCAUCAAUUAUAUGAUGAUAAUUUAAUGAAAAUGACAGCAAAAUUAGAUGAUUUUCAAAGAAUUCGUACAUUAGGACGUGGUGGUUUUGGUCAUGUUCUAUUAGUACGUCAUAUUUAUACUGAUAAAUAUUUUGCAUUAAAAAUAUUAUCUAAAAUACAAAUAAUUAAAACUCAUCAAAUUCAUAAUGCAAUUAAUGAGAAACGUAUAUUAGCUGCAUGUAAUUUUACAUUUAUUAUACCAUUAUAUUAUAGUUUUAAAGAUAAUAGUAAUUUAUAUCUGGUUAUGGAAUAUGCAAUAGGUGGUGAUUUAUUUACAUUAUUACGUCAUAUGAAACAAUUCCCUAAUGAAAUGGUUAAAUUCUAUGGUGCUCAAGUGAUAUUAGCAUUUGAAUAUUUACAUUAUUUAACAAUAGUUUAUCGUGAUUUAAAACCAGAAAAUCUUUUAAUUCAUUCUAAUGGUUUUAUUAAAUUAACUGAUUUAGGUUUUGCUAAAUUAUUACCUAAACAUAAACGUACAUGGACAUUAUGUGGUACACCAGAUUAUAUGGCACCAGAGAUUAUAUUAAAUAAAGGUUAUCAUCAUUCAGUUGAUUGGUGGGCAUUUGGUAUAUUAUUAUAUGAAAUGACUACUGGUUAUCCACCAUUUAUGCAUUAUGAUCAAAUGAAAACAUUUGAAUUAAUUAUUAUUGGUGAUAUUAAAUUUACAAAUCAUUUUAAUCCAUUAUUAAAAGAUUUAAUCAGGAAUUUAAUACAAAUUGAUUUAAGUCGACGUUAUGGUAAUUUAAAAAAUGGUAUCCAUGAUAUUAAAAAUCAUGAUUAUUUUAAAGAUUUAAAUUGGUUACAAUUAUAUCAAUUGAAUAUUGAACCUCCUUAUAAACCAUUAUAUAAUAAUAAUAAUAAUAAUUUACAAGAUAUAAAUCAUUUUGGUUGUUCUAAUGAAUUCAAUUUCAAUAUUGCUGAAAAAGAACAAUUUGAAAAUAGUUUUGAUGAUUUUUGA